UACCAACGCGCUGCCGUGUUGUUUUUGUGCUUCCAGCUCUCGGGAAAAGCCGCUGGGAUUUCUCUACCCGAUCCACUCUGUCCUGCGUCGGAGGGGACACGACAUCCCUUCGGAAGGCUCUGCCAAGCUGCGUUGCGACGGGAGCUGACAUUUCUGGGGCGGUUCUGAUACCUAUUGAAAUUUGGCAGAGGGAAGGGAGACGGGAGAGACGCAACCAUCAGCGAGGAAGGCAGGCCCCGUCCGGGGAUCUUAGAAACCCUGCGGUCCAUCAUGAAGUUCCAGUAUAAGGAGGACCAUCCCUUUGAGUAUCGGAAAAAGGAAGGAGAAAAGAUCCGGAAGAAAUAUCCGGACAGGGUCCCUGUGAUUGUGGAGAAGGCUCCUAAGGCCAGGGUGCCUGAUCUGGACAAGAGGAAGUACCUGGUGCCCUCUGAUCUCACAGUUGGCCAGUUCUACUUCCUAAUCCGGAAGAGGAUCCACCUGAGGCCCGAGGACGCCUUGUUCUUCUUUGUCAACAACACUAUCCCUCCCACUAGCGCUACCAUGGGCCAGCUGUAUGAGGACAACCAUGAGGAAGACUAUUUUCUGUAUGUGGCCUACAGUGACGAGAGUGUCUAUGGGAACCAUGUGUCCAGAUGGUGUCUAUCUCUAGACUUUUAUGGAUUAUAUCACAGUCACCAGACGGAUAGAAAUAGGUGGUUACAAAAGAUCCAUGGCAGGAUUCCAACCACCACCAAACCCUGCCCAGUGCACUGACUGAGAAAGUUAAGUCAGGAUUGAGAGAAAAGGAAGAAGCUCAAGCCCCACAAGCACAACACGCAGAGAAUUAUGGAAAGCUCACAGGAAUUUGGAUUUUGACAUCAAAGCCUUAAAAAUGAACACGUGUCAGUAUGGACAGAAAAACAUCAGGAUGUUGUUUCUGAUAAAGUCAAAUGGGAGCUCAUAUUUGAAUUAUGAUACAAAUUGUAUUUUGAAACAAACAGACUUAACCCACUAGCUAGGAAUGAGAUUAGGUGAAUGUUUAAAAGCUAACAAAUACAUGGCAGAUCCCAACUCUCUGUACACAUUGCAGACAGUCCCUGUAGCGCAGGAGACUUGGGCCAUUGCUCAACCAAAGUAGUUAAGUUUGGAGGUUCUCCCCGAGGUGGCCUUUUAUUUCAGUCCUCCUCAUCUCUGGAUAUUCCUGGUGGGGAAAAUUGCUCCUUGGGUGGGACAUUUCAUGCCAUUUUAGACCAGCCUUCUGAUUCUAUAGGUCCAUAAAGUUGAAUAACUUUUUUUUUUUUUUUAAGAUUUUAUUUAUUUGUCAGAGAGAGGGAACACAAGCAGGGGGAGCGGGAGAGGGAGAAGCAGGCCUCCCGCCGAGCAGGGAGCCCGAUGCGGGGUGUGAUUCCAGGACCCUGGGAUCCUGACCUGAGCCGAAGGCAGACGCUUAACCGACUGAGCCACCCAGGUGUCCCCAUGAAAUUGAAUAACCUAGCUAAGUUCAGAGCCAGACCAGAUACUUGAGUGCUGUAAUUUGGGUCUGAUGCUCUUUCGUGAACAGUAUCUCCCAAGUGUGUCUCCUGUGUUUCCUGCUAGUGAAGCUUUAAAGCUGCUUUGUAGCCUCAGGCAAUUGUGUCAGUCUUGAACUAAAAACACUUUUAGGAAAUGUCUUUUCAUUAACCUUGGCCUCAUGUGCCAGGUAAGAUUGACUUGCCCUGAUCCUUCCUUCUGGAGACCAAGGUUGAAUGAUGUGUCAGAAAGCCCAUUCUUGCCUUGGAGGCCAGUAUGACUCAGCAGCAGAGAUGAGUGAGUCCUUUGCUGUAUUCUGGUAGAAAGAUCUCAAAUACUAGUAUGUCGGGUGAGCCUAGAUGUCGGCUUCCCAAGGAUAGCCUUGCUUCAUGCACAUUUGUCCUGACUGAUUUAUUGAUGGUUCCUUAUCUCACUGUCUCAGGUUUCCCAGUGGACAAAACAUACGGUCCUACUCCUAAGUUUAAAAAAAAAAAAAAUUGAAGUUUGUUCCCCCCCAUCAAGAGAGACAACACCUGUGUCAUCCAGACAGCAUGCCCCAGUACAGCUCUGUGUGGGUGACAACGAGAAAAAAUGCCACUUUGGGCUGGCCGACUGUACUGCUUUAUUCCAUUUUUUCUGGCUCCAUGCAGAAUCAUUCUCUUCCUUUAAAGCACUGUGCACUUAAAAGCAUAGGGGUAGCUAGGCAAGCACGUGCACUGCCUUGGGCCACUCCCGGUUAUGCCUUCAUGGCCAAGUGUGAGCGGUGCUCCCCAAAGUGGGUGGUGCACAGUCCUCUGUUACAGUGACCCUUCGAACACAGUAUUUUAUUGCCGGUUGCUAUGGAAAUGUUACAUUUAUUAAGCGGUUUGACAUUGUCUUUUUAUCAUUAAGCAAAUGUAGGUAUGGUAUGACAUGGAUACGGCGCAAGUCAGCUGUAAAGAACAAAUUCAGUCACUUCUGGAAAAUAAACGAGUUGAUACAUUGAUUCCAUCCAGUGUUUACAGAACUUAAUCAACUAUUCCUAGC